AUUUAGCGUCCUUUCAAAUCAGUCUCAGCGGGACUUCCACCGUGUUUUAAAGGGAAAAUAGCUAUCUCGUUACAAACAUUCAGUACCGAAAAACGUAUUAUCAAUAUUUCUAAAGGAAUCCGAGAUGAUUGACAUGAUUGAGAGGGAAGACGCAAUCAGCGAAGAAGAAGCUGCCCAAUAUGACCGUCAGAUUCGACUGUGGGGUCUAGAUGCACAAAAGAGGCUGCGAGGUUCGCGCGUGCUCUUGGUGGGCAUGGGGGGUCUCGGGGCAGAGGUGGCCAAGAACCUCAUCCUGGCUGGUGUCAAGGGGCUAACGAUGCUGGACCACGAGCAGGUGACAGAGGAGUCGGGAAGGGCGCAGUUCCUCAUCCCGGUGACAGCCAGGGGUACCAACAGAGCCCAGGCCUCUCUGGAGCGCGCUCAGUACCUCAACCCCAUGGUGGAAGUGAAGGCAGACACGGAGCGUGUUGACACCAAGCGUGACGAGUUCUUCCUGCAGUUCGAUGCGGUGUGUCUGACAGGCUGUUCCAGGGAUCUGUCGGUGCGGGUCGACCAGCUCUGCUCCCAGCGGAACAUCAAGGUGUUCUGCGGCGAUGUCUUUGGUUACCAUGGAUACAUGUUCUCCAACCUCGGCCGAGAACACAACUAUGUGGAGGAGAAGCCCAAGGUGGUGAAGCCCAGCGAGGAGCCUCGUGAUGGGCCUGAGGCCAAGAAGCCCAAGGUGGACCCCAGCGAGACCACCAUGAUCAAGAAGAUGAGCAGCUUCUGUUCGUUAAAGGAGGCUCUGGAAGUUGAUUGGACGAGUGAGAAGGCCCAGAGCAGCUUGAAGCGCACCCCCGCCGACUACUUCCUGUUGCACGUGCUCCUGAAGUUCCGCACUGACAAAGGUCGCGACCCCUACCCAGAAACCUUUGCGUCGGACUCCCAGCUGCUGCUCCAGAUCCGCGAUGACGUGUUGGAGGUCAUGGGGGUCAGCAGUGAUGUGCUGCCAGAUGACUUUGUCAGCUACUGCUUCUCUGAGAUGUCUCCAGUGUGUGCUGUGGUGGGCGGAGUCCUGGGACAGGAAGUCGUCAAGGCUCUCUCUCAGAGGGAUACACCACACAGGAACUUCUUCUUCUUUGACGGUCGGAGGGGCAGCGGGGUGGUGGACUAUUUCGGCCCCAAGUGAACCAGCCUGUGGAGAGAGUGGGACACACACAGUCCCACACUCACACACACACUCACAUGAACACACACAUUUACAUACACACUCGCACAGACACAGACUCUAAAUCAUAAUACCCCCAAAAUCAAAUCAUUCGUCAAUGUCUGGCAGACAGAAGUUUGGUAAACGUUUCGACACACGUUCCUGCUUGUUUGCGUUCAGAUUAUUUCUCUCUUCCUCUUUCCAUACCUCAGUUGAUACACCUACUCAGUGUCUGUUUGUCCUGCAGAACCCCCAGAAUAUCAAUUUCCUGUGUCGUCUAAUGUUCCAAGCACACAAUGGGAUUUUUACGUUUUGUAAUAAAUAAAAAAAAUAUGCAGAAAUG